UGGUUUGCCAGCGGUUGUACCCUAUCGAUUGUUCAAGCUCCCGUUUUUCGAUCGUAGCUUUCAGUCGCUAAGAUCGCUUUGAAGCAAUCGGAUCCUAUUGCUCAGAGGCAUAAGCUGCACUUUAUAAAAAAUCCCUAGCUACGCAUUGGAAGCCGUUUAGUGAUAAGCGGCGAUAUAACAAAAUCAAAAUCUAUGGGCUGGAGGACGUUCUGGAUUUACAGGCUAGUUUCGCUGACGUUGCUGGUGAUGCUAAUGAUGGCAUGUGGUCGGACGGAGAGUAUAAACUGCGAUAUGUGGUCCUCCAACGAUAGCAAUUGGCGUGUCGGUGGCGUUGGGGAGGUAUCAUGCACAUGUGACGGUGUUCAGGCAAAGGAUUUAAGUAUAAAACGGCAGGCCACACAAGAUUGCUGCAAUACGGAUAUUGUUAACAAUACACUAAUACACAAAGAUUCAAAUCUUGUCGAAAGUUCCGAGCUAACUUACGAGUGUUAUUUUCAUGAAGUAGCAUGGUCAUUUAUCCGUGUCCAAGUUUAUCCCACGCUGAAUAUCUCAGAUGAGUUCUUUAAGUGCUUCUAUCACGACGAAUAUAUAAAUUGCAGCUUCAGUCGGGUGGACAAUCCCACCUUCAAGAGGAAUACCCAAUACAAACUAUACUCGGACUCAAGCUCAAACUCAAGCUUGGAGGAGUCCAAAAGCUGUGAGGAGUCCAAAAAGGAUAAAAACCUAAUCCUGUGUUCUCUGCCUAUCUCUCCAAACAACAUACGUCCCGAUUGGAGUAUUUUUAAGCUGGUUAUGAUUGACCAAUUGGACACACAGAUUCAGGAGUUUAAUCGGUCGAGGAUCGAAAUGGAAGUGCCACUUUGGACAGAUGGAAAAUACAACGUAACAAACUGCGGUAACGAUACUUGCGUAAGAUGGAACGGUGCAAAUGUCAAUCCAGGUGAAAUAUUCGAAUUAUAUGUGGAGUAUCGGCAUGAGAAAUUGUCCAACUUGUCGAGGAAUCAAACGGUUCUCCAACAAAGGGUAGCCAGUAUGUUCGAUGAAGUCAGGUUUCCAAAUCCACCUGAAGGCAAUCAAAAGUUCUAUGUAAACUUAAGGCGUCGAUAUAAUCGUAAGAAUGCUCCGUGGUCGGAAUGGUACACCGAUAUCCCAAUUACAACGAUUGUUUCCUUACCCGUUCGUCCGCCGAAAUUUCUGGUCAAUGGAUUCCAUUAUAAUUCCAAUACGCGGCAGCUAAGGGUCUACUGGGAGCAGCUGAAUGAGACAGAAUUUAACGGACCCAAUCAAGCAUACAUAGUGACCAGCAGAAAUGGAACGAAAUUGGCCAAAACAAAGAACAAAUUGUUUGCGGAAUUUGAAAAUUGGGAUGAAUAUGAACCGACAACGGUAUAUAUUUGGAGUGCAAAUUCCCUUGGGAAAUCUAAGGAGAGCAGCCGAAUGGAGAUACCCAAUCUGGCCAACAUAAGGGAACGAAGAUUAUUACUAGAUCGAUAUAACAAGACCACCUCCAAACUCACCUGGAUAGAGCCCAAGGAUAAAAAAAACUUACUUGGCUACAUUGUUUACUGGUGCACAAUUUCCACAAAACACGAGCAAUCUUGCGAUGAUGCCCUGCCCAUUGAGAUGAACUUUACCCACGAGCCGAACUAUAACUUCUCCCACGUACAUGUUGUGUUUAGGAUGGCAGUGGCGGCCAACUAUAGUGACGGUAUAAGCAGCGGUAUGAGAUGGUGGACAGGGAAGAGCGAAAUUCCCGAGGAAAUGGCAAGCUUGCGGUAUGUGGAGGGCAUCAUCGCCCUAAUAAUGCUUGGGUUAAUCUUUCUUGUUGUCCAAAAGCUGCGAAAAAUGGCCGAUAUUCGUAUUGUUCUGCCAGAUAUGGUUGAAACUGCAGCCAUGCUUAGAAAUGAACCGCAAUGUUAUCCAGGCACCGUUCCACCGGAAAAAUUUUAUGCAGAAAUGCCAACGAAAUGCGUAACAUUUGAAGAGCCCAUUAGGAUGCCAGAGAUUGAGCUGCAAGAGUUACCAAAGACACAGCCCGUACCACAGAGGAAUCAAUAUGUGACAAUGAAUACCAUGACAUCCCCUAGUAGCGAUGGUUAUAUUAAGCCACCGCCAGCGCGAUGACCAAUUAGGGAUUCGCACUAGUCUUGCCUUGCUCAUUCGCAUCAUUGUGAUUCCAUUGUAAAUACUCCAGAAUCGCGAUUAGUCAGUCACUUAACGUACUCAAAACGAAUCCCAUUGAACUGGAAUCUCCUCCAUGUAGACAUUAUUGUAUUAUUUUUGUCUGAAGUUUGAAGUGAACAAACUUUUGCUCAUCAUCGUACUAUUUAUAUCAUCGAAAGGGUUUUACAAGUGAUUUUUAACUUAGAGAAGUAUUCUUAAACGUAUUCCGAAAGGAAACAGAAAUAUUUUUUAACUAAACCCAAACAUCUUUUUUUUAAAAGAUGUCAACAUUU